GGCACUGGGCAGCAAUAUGAUACUCAACGAUCUUUCAAUAUAAAAUUGUUUGCUUGGAAGGUAGACCUUGUGAAGGUUGUUCUACUUGGGUUUACAGCUUGAUCGUUCUUUAAUCACAAUUAGGAGUUCUGUUACUGCUGGAGAUUCGAUGGGAUUAUCGCAUUCCUUGCUAGCAUCGGCCUGGAUUGUAAUUCUGAAGAACAGAGUGUUUCGAUUGACAGACACUGUUGAGAAAGUUACAGUGAGAUCUAUAAGCUUCGAUGGGAAGGACAGAGAGAUGACUCUGAUCAGAACAGUUAGCUUCAAGAAAGAAGAUUCAGAUACCGUUUCGAAAUCUGAUGGGUCUGAUAAGAUGGUAAUUGAAGAGUCGAUAAGCUUCAAGAACGGGGAAACAACCCAGAAAAUGAAAUUUGAAGCAACGGUUUCGUUCAAGGAUAUAGUUCUAAACGGCGACGGCAUGGUGGGUUCAGCUCCACCGAGGAGCAAAGAUAAUGACAUAAUCCGAAUACAGAAACCGAAGAUAUUUCUUCCUAAACCAAAACCAUCGAUAGUUUUUUCUCCAAGGCCGGUGAGCGAGCUUGAUGCAGCUGCGGUUAAGCUUCAGAAAGUCUAUAAGAGUUACAGGACCCGAAGGAACCUUGCAGAUUGUGCCGUUGUAGUAGAGGAGCUCUGGUGGAAAGCAUUAGACUUCGCAGCUCUAAAGCGGAGUUCUGUAUCAUUCUUUGACAUCAAGAAACCCGAAACUGCUAGUUCCCGGUGGGCAAGGGCCAGGACAAGGGCUGCCAAGGUGGGUAAAGGUUUGUCCAAGGAUGAGAAAGCUCAGAAGCUAGCACUACAACAUUGGCUUGAAGCUAUUGAUCCGCGACAUCGUUAUGGACACAAUCUACACUUAUAUUACGAUCUCUGGUUCGAUAGCGAGAGUACUCAACCUUUCUUCUACUGGUUGGAUGUGGGAAACGGUAAAGAAGCAAAUCUGGACAAGUGCCCGAGGGUGGAUCUACAGCGUCAAUGCAUCAAAUACCUUGGACCGAAAGAGAGGGAAUCAUACGAAGUGAUAGUGGAGAAUGGGAGGCUAGUGUACAAACAGAAGGGGACACAUGUGGACACAGAUGAAAGGUCCAAGUGGAUAUUCGUGCUGAGUACGGGAAGGGCACUGUACGUAGGCCAGAAGAAGAAAGGCGUCUUCCAGCACUCCAGCUUUCUAGCUGGAGCGGCAACCACCGCCGCCGGAAGAUUAGUAGCUCACGAUGGUGUUCUUGAGGCUAUAUGGCCUUACAGUGGGCACUAUCAUCCAACAGAGGAGAACUUCAAAGAAUUCAUUAGCUUUCUUCAAGAACAACAUGUAGACCUCGCUAAUGUCAAGAGGUUCGCAAUAGACGACGAUAGCUCAUCUUUCCUACUUGCAGCAGAUGAAGAAACUAAGCCAGAGUCAACAGAGGAAGAAGAGCCCGUUACAGCUAAAGCUACAACUGAUGUUAAUGGUUCCACCCAUGAAACUUCUAUUGAUGAUCUUCAAGAGGAAGAAGAAGAAGAAGACAUGGAAGUGGGAGUUAGAGUUGGACAAGAAGGGGUGUUUGAUCUGGGGAAGCGUUUGUCGUGCAAAUGGAGCACAGGAACAGGGCCGCGUAUAGGGUGCGUGAGGGACUACCCAGCAGAGCUUCAAUGCAGGGCACUUGAGCACGUCAACCUUUCUCCAAGGCUCACACCUGGACCAGCUUGGGGCUGUGGGCCCAUACCUUCACCACGGCCCAGCCCAACUGUUAGACUCUCUCCUAGGCUUGCUUACAUGGGCCUCCCCAGCCCUCCUAUCCUUUCUAAGAUCAGUAUUGCUCACUAAAUAGGAACUUCAAUAAAGGCCUAAUGGACCUAUUCUCUUUGGAUUCCGUGUGUCUAAGG